UCAUAAAAGGAGAUUUUUCAAGUAGGUUUCCAUUGGAUUGUCAAUUAUAACUAUUGUUUGUGUUGCUAUUAUAAUGCUGAUGUUUAAACAUCUGUUGCAAACUUAUUGGAAAAAAAGUGCCUUUUUAUUUCUUGCACUUUGUCUCAAUCAGGGCGGACUGACCAUUUGGAAACUCGGGCACUGUCCAAGGGCCCAGGGUCAGUAGGGGGCCCCAUGAGAUGCCCCUGGUAUCUUUUUCAUAGGCUUUUUUGAGUUUGGGCAAGGACACAGGGGCCCCAUGAUCCCCUAUUGCCCGGGGGCCCCAUGA